AUGAGCACAGGACUGUCAGGCUCCCACGGCACCUCGUGGAGGCUGGAGGUCCGCCCUGGUGCGCCGAGUGUUUCGCAGUUCCCGGCUCUGAUGAGGAACCUCAAAAUACCAGCAACCUUCAUCUUAAUCGGUGUGUCCGGCCACCACGACCCAACUUUCCCCUCUAGGUCUCUCUCCCCCUCUCUAUCCUCACCAAAGCUGUUGAGGCUACUUUGCGCAUGUACGGCCAGCCGCACCGAGCAUUGCAUCGACACCAAGAUGGCGAAAACACGUCUGGCUUGCCUCCUGACUCUCCUCUCAACUCACUGUUACUUCAGUGUGUUGGCAGUGGUGCUAAAAACGAGCGAGGAAUCCCCCUCCACAGACGAAUUUAACAGGGUUGAGUUGUCAUGUUUGAUUGAGUCCAUAACCACAUUACAUCCACGCAUCGAAUGGAAAAAGAUCACCAACAAUAAGCCGAGUUACGUUUACUUCGACAGGAGGAUCUCGGGUGACUUGGAGAACAGAGCUGUGAUCAGAGAGCCGGCCACGUUGGUGAUAACCAACGCCACAAGGUCAGACACAGCCAAAUACCGCUGUGAGGUCACCGCCGCUGAGGACAACAAGUCAUUUGACGAGAUUGUGAUCGACCUUGUAGUGAGAGUGAAGCCAGUGGUGCCAAAAUGCAGCGUUCCAAAGUCUGUGCCUUUCGGGAAGUUAGCUGAGCUCAGCUGUGUGGAGGAGGAGGGCUUCCCCAAGUCUCAGUACCAGUGGUUCAAGAACAGCGAGGAGAUUCCAGAGGACCCCAAGUCCAGUCCCAAAUUCCUUAACUCCUCAUACACGCUCAACACAGGAACAGGAACUCUGAGAUUCACUUCAGUCAUAAAAGAAGAUGCAGGCGAAUAUUACUGCCGAGCGAAGAACGAUGCAGGACAUGCUCAGUGUGCGCCCCAGAAGAUGGAAGUGUAUGAUAUUGACAUUGUGGGGAUCGUACUGGGAGUGCUGGUGGUGGUUAUUGUGCUCCUAUGUAUAACGGUGGGAAUUUGCUGUGCAUACAAACAAGGCUACUUCUCCGGUCAGAAACAGACCGGAAACAAUUACAAAGUUCCAGCCAAGGGAGACGGAGUGGACUACGUCAGGACAGAGGAUGAGGGGGAUUUCCGACACAAGUCGUCAUUUGUGAUCUGAUGACGGAACAAGGACAGUGAGGGCUGCCGCGCUCCGAGACGUGACAAUCGGGCCCGCCCUCCACGCUGCUGGACCGCCGAGCUGCAACAGGCCGAGCUCUGGAGGUCACAGCGGGACUGAAACCCAACCACUCAAACUUGCCAAAGGUGACAGGAGCUCGCAGGCCACAAGAUGUACAAAAUAUUAUCACCCUCAUUUGAGUUUUGUUUGCUAAAUUAUGGUUCUUUAUUUCCAGUCAUUGCAUGGUUUUUAACAUAAACUGAGGAGGCAGGAAGGAAGCAUCUCUGAUGUGCCAGGUAGAAACGGAGGAGGCAGUCUAUCAUGUCAACUUUCUACUGUAAACAUUUAGCUUUUGUCAUUUGUAUAACAUUUGUUUUCUACUGUUGAAACACUAUUUUUGAUGGAAUAUAUUUUAAAAUGCCUAUAGAUAAAAGUUUACUUUUUUAAAUAUUUGUAAUAUACUAACAUGUGUGUAGAUUGUUUUUUUUUUCCUUUGGUUGUGGAUAAAAGUUUGUAACACUUUAA